AGUGUUUAUGCCUUAACGUUGACACUAUGCUCCGGCUUUGGAGCAUCUCGUUGCUGUCGGGAGUAAACUUCGCAACUCUGCUCGUCUUUUUUGUUGUUUAUUUGUCCCUUCACUACUACCUGAAACGCCGCCGUCGCCUGGUUAAUAUUCCUCCGGGUCCGAAGCCGCUGCCGAUCGUGGGCAAUUUUGGCGUUUUUCUCAUACCUUCGUUCAUCUGGAAGAGACUCGGGAAGGCGUCGAAGCCGACUGCGACACCCGUGGAGGCGCUGACAAAGCAAGCGUCGGUCUACGGCGACGUGUUCAGCCUAUUUGUGGGCACGCAGCUAAUAGUGGUGCUAAACGGUUAUGACGUCAUCAAGGACGCUUUGCUCAACCAUCCUGAAGUGUUCUCUGACAGGCCUGACAUCCCUGCGGUCACCAUCAUGACAAAACGCAAAGGAAUCGUCUUUGCGCCUUAUGGACCGGUGUGGAGAAAGCACCGCAAGUUCUGCCACGCCGCUCUUCGAACCUUCGGUGUGGGGAAGCUUAGCUUGGAGCCGUGUAUCCUCCAAGGCCUGGCGGCGGUCAAACGUGAGCUUCUACGACUACAGCAGGAAGCUGGCAAAGGCGGCAUUGACUUGACACCGCUGGUCAGCAACGCCGUCUCCAACGUCAUCUGCUCUUUAGCCCUGGGCGAACGCUUCCCCCAAGACGACCGCCAGUUCGGGACCCUGCUUGGCCUGAUGAUGCGCGGCCUGGAGCUGUGCGUCAACAGCCCCGCCGUCCUCAUCAACAUCUUCCCACCACUCUACCACUUGCCCUUCGGCGUCUUCGGGGAGCUCCGGCGGGUGGAGCGUGACAUCACCGCCUUCCUGAAGAGGCUCAUCGACAAGCACCGUGACACGCUGGACCCGGGGAACCCCAGAGAUUUAGUGGACAUGUACCUGGCGGAGAUGGCGAGCCAGAGAGCCGCGGGCGUGGAGGACGGAAGCUUCAACGAGGACUACCUCUUCUACAUCAUUGCUGAUCUCUUCAUCGCGGGCACUGACACCACCACCAACUCUCUUCUGUGGAUCUUACUCUACAUGGUCGUGCAUCCUCAUGUCCAAGACAAGGUCCAGGCAGAGGUGGACGAGGUGCUGGGACGAUGUAAAGUGCCUUCUCUGACUGACCGGGGACAUUUGCCCUUCACCGAGGCCACCAUCAUGGAGGUCCAGAGGCUGACCUCCGUGGUUCCUCUGGGCAUUCCUCACAUGGCGUCUAAGACCACAGACUUCCGGGGCUUCACGAUCCCACAAGGAACAGUCCUCCUGCCCAACCUUUGGUCCGUCCAUCGAGAUCCCACCGUGUGGGAGCAGCCCGACAGCUUCAAGCCGGAGCGCUUCCUGGAUGAUGAGGGCAAUGUUUUGAGAAAAGACUGCUUCAUGCCUUUUGGGAUCGGUCGCAGGGGGUGCAUGGGCGAGCAGCUGGCCAAGAUGGAGCUUUUCCUCAUGGUCACAGGUCUACUGCAGGCCUUCACCUUCCGGCUGCCACUGGGAACGCCGCCACCGCUCAUGCACGGACGUUACGGCCUGACUCUGGCACCGUGCCCCUUCAAAGUAUGUGUCGGUCCUCGUGAGUGAAGUAAGCGGAUUGGAAAAGCAAACAGUGCAAUAUAUUGGAU